CCGGUUGAACCCAACCCAGUUACCUGAGAGCCUGAGCUGCCUCCCGGGAUCCGCCGCCGCCGCCGCCGUCGAUGGCGGACCUAGUGGAGCUCACGGACGACGUCCUGGCGGAGAUCCUCCUCCGCGUGUCUUCGAUGCAGGACCUCGCGCGCGCCUCCGCGGCGUGCGCCUCCUUCCGCCGGGUCGCCUCCUCCCCGAGCUUCCUCCGCCGCUUCCGCCCCCUCCACGUGCCGCCCCGGCUUGGCGUCUUCUGCUGCCACCCUGCCGGUCGCGGCGGCACCGCUGUAUCCCAGUUCCACGCAGCCCUGCCGCCUCAUCCCUCGGCGCCCCUCGCCCGCGCGGUCGCCCGUUCAGCCGACUUCUCCUUCUCCUUCCUCCCGCCGCCCGCCGCCGACUGGCUCGUUCGCGACUGCCGUGACGGACGCUUCCUCCUGGACCGCGCGCGGGACGGCUCCACCGCCUUCACCGAGGUUUCCAUCUGUGACCCCCUGUUCCGGAGGUACCGUCUGCUACCGCCCAUCCCCGACGACCUCGCCGCCUCCGUGGAAAAUCCCUACGUCCAGUGCGGCGGCGAUGGCGACUUGCAAUCACGCAGUAGCGAGAUCUUCCUGGCUUCUCGUAGUGAUGACAGUGCCAGUGAGGAGGACCCGGCAUUCACCGUGAUCUGGAUGGCGUGCUGUCGAGGUAAGCUGGUCUCAUUCUUCUACUCGUCAGAGUCACAGCAAUGGCGUGUGCUUUCACCUCCAGAACACUACGCUUUGAGCACCAGAAGAGUAAUGGGCGUUCGACUAGGACAGCGCAACCAUGCUCAUGGUUGCUUCUACUGGAUGGUAGCUCUCACACAUAGGUGGCUUGUGUUGGACACCCGCAAAAUGGAGUUCUCCAUAGUAGACAUCUCGCCUGUACUGUCAGGCCGUGCAAUGAUGUUCAGUAAUCAGAUUAUUACUCUGGAGUCAAGUGAUGGCAGGACUACUGUUGUGGUCUCUGAUGUGUUCCGGCCAGAUAAAAGAUGUGUGCUGUACUUUUAUGCAUUCAUGUAUUUUAGCGACCGGUGGCAGCUUCUGAACAGAGUCACCUUGCCUGAGGAAUGGGGAUAUCGAUUUAGAGGCAUCAUAGGUGCAGCUGAGGGAUACUUAUUUAUAAAACUAGAUCACCCUAAGGAGAACCUGAAUGACCAGAGUGAGCAACAUAUUGAAUACCAUUCGCUUGAUGUCAAGACCAUGCAGCUUGGGAGUUUCUGUCGGACUACUCUUCUCACUGUCACCGAAGCCUACCUAUAUUGUGGUUUCCCCCCAUCACUAUCGCUGCCUUCUAUAUGAAUUGGUUACUGUUGAUAGAGGAAUUUCAAUGACAGAGGCAUGUUUAUGGUCUUCUCUGUCUGGACUUGAAGGGAAAAAGGUGGGCAAAUGAAGUUGGCAGACCAAGAUUACUUUGAUUGGCAGACCAACGAUGCUGUUAGAAGAGAUACCGAAACAAUAUAGGACAUGCUGUUCCUUCAGAAAUGCAGGUCUGCUAUCGAUCCAUGUGAUUAAAUUCACUAUCUUGACUGGGGGCUCUACUACAGAAACUAUUAGGUUGAUAUCAGACUAUAUAGUGGCGAAGGUUGAUAUGAUGAACCAGUAAAGCUAACUGAGCUGAACUUGAUCGGGAGAUGUUAUUCCUCUGUUUGCCGUUACAAGAUGUUUAGUUUGUGUCUUUGCUGCAUAUGUUUCCUUUUGUCCCUAGAAACAACCUAUUGUUGUAGCAAUAGGAUAGUUCCUCGAAAACAUGUUCAAGCUUUUGCUUUCAUGAUGUGCUUCUACUGUUUUGUUUAUUAUCUAUCGGUUCAUUUUUACAAGUUA